AUGACCCCACCUGUGCCCGCUCUACUGCUGCUCCUGCUUGGCCCUGGCAUCGGUGCCAUACCCACUGAACACUGGGAACAUCAGGGCACCUCUCGUUGUGUGCCCAUCCCGACCAACAUGGCUCUGUGCCAGGGCCUGGGAUACAACAUCAUGCGGAUACCCAACUUACUGGGACAUGAAUCGCCAGCCGAAGCAGUCCAGCAGAGCACCAGCUGGCUGCCGCUCCUAGCCCGCGAAUGCCACCAGCACGCCCGAAUCUUCCUCUGCUCGCUCUUUGCACCCGUGUGCCUUGAGAGGAUCAUUUCACCAUGUAGAAGUUUGUGUGAGUCUGUACGGGACAGCUGCGCCCCCAUCAUGAGCUGCUAUGGUUACCCCUGGCCAAGGAUCCUGCAAUGUGAUCAGUUUCCCAAAGAUCACCUGAUGUGCAUAUCCUCGGUUCCUCAUAUGCAUAAUGGCACCGGCAAUGAAGGAAGAGUGGUGCCGCGUGCUAGCUGCACAGACUGUGAGUUAGAGGAGGCUACAUCAUCCAAAGAACUGCUGGGUCUAUUCUGUAAAAGCGACUUUGUGGUGAAAGUGCGCUUAUCCAAACUGAACUCCAGCAGCUCUGUCCUGACAAUUUUCUCCUUGGGUUCUCGGGUCGAAGUUCUAAAGCACGGUCCACUGCUGGGAGGGGAAAUGAGGAGUCGCCUGACAAUGUGGCUAGAGCGAGACGCCACCUGUGUGGGCAACCUGACCCGCCACCAUCCUCAUGGGGGUACCUUUCUGUUGACGGGCAACGUAACCGGAAGAAGACUGCUGGUCACGAAAGCCUUUAGCUGGGGAAAACGCCAGCGCCACAUCAACCAGGCUGCCCGCAAAUGGAAAAGCCACCGGUGUAGAGGGUGA